UGCCGCUCCCGCCUCUGCAGCGGACACGGGCUGAGCGCGGCCCGCCCGGCCCCGCCUUCCCCCCCCCCCCCCCGGCGGCGGCCCUCUGCGCGGGGGCGGCUCCAGGGCUCCCCUCGCCCGCCCCGCCUCCACACUCGCGCUCCAGCGGGCAGCGGAGCUCGCGCCGCCGCCGCAGGUUCCAUUUGGCUGGUGUAUUGAUGCAGUCUGCCUAUGGGGAGAGAGAAUCCUUGUCUGUAUUUGUGAAGAGGAGAUGGAGAAUUUGAUUUUUUCGUCUUACACCUGUGAAUUUUCUGCAGUCCAAAGAUGGCAGCAAAUAAGCCUAAAGGACAGAAUUCAUUGGCUUUACACAAGGUUAUCAUGGUGGGAAGCGGUGGUGUGGGAAAAUCCGCUUUAACGCUACAGUUUAUGUAUGAUGAGUUUGUUGAAGAUUAUGAGCCAACUAAAGCAGACAGCUACAGGAAAAAGGUGGUUCUGGAUGGGGAAGAAGUCCAAAUUGAUAUAUUGGACACAGCAGGGCAGGAGGACUAUGCUGCAAUUCGAGACAACUAUUUCCGAAGUGGAGAAGGUUUUCUUUGUGUUUUCUCUAUCACAGAGCUGGAAUCCUUUGCAGCAACUGCAGACUUCAGGGAGCAGAUCUUAAGAGUAAAAGAAGAUGAGAAUGUUCCUUUUUUGCUAGUUGGUAAUAAAUCAGAUUUGGAAGAUAAAAGGCAAGUUUCUGUAGAGGAAGCGAAAAACAGAGCUGAUCAGUGGAAUGUUAACUAUGUGGAAACUUCUGCAAAAACACGAGCUAAUGUUGACAAGGUCUUCUUUGAUUUAAUGAGAGAAAUUAGAGCCAGAAAAAUGGAAGACAGCAAAGAAAAGAAUGGGAAGAAGAAAAGAAAAAGCCUAGCUAAGAGGAUCAGAGAAAGAUGUUGCAUUUUAUAAUCAAAGCCCUCAAUUCCUUUCCUAUCCCGACCAUACUAAUAAAAACCAUAAUUUAUAAGCAUGCUAUGGAAGGCUCAAGUGACUGAAAUUACUCUUAACAUGUUGGAAAUUGUAAUGUACCACUAAAAGCAUGAAUUGGAGCUGCACUGAAAGUCAAAUUCACUGAAGAAAAAUGAUGUUGGCUUCAAGAGAAGCAAAGUUCAGUCCAUUUCAUAAUUGCCUACCUUCUCACAUUUCUUCUGAAUGUAGUGUUUCAUGGGCGGUCUUUUCUUUAAUAGUGAAUGGGGUGGGGGGAAGUAAUACUUGGUGGGUUCUUGUAAAGCAUACUUUUUUUAUCACUGGUUAUUGUCAAUUCAUCUUGUCUUUUGUUGCCUUGAAAAUGACAGUUGUGAACGUGCUACCUAAUGACGCGGUCUGCAGUUCUUUUGCCAGGCAGUUACGCAAAUUAGAAGAGUAACGUAUACGUGAACAGUUACAGUGGGGAAAAUUAGAUGUGGUUCUGCAUUACUUGAUUAACCUAGAAGAGUGAUGUAAUCUUUUACAUUGAAAUAUUUGAAUAUGCCUUAAUUUUAAAACCUAAACAUAGCAGGUCGCUUGAUCAAAGGUAUUAUCUGGAUUUUGCUGCGUGGAGACUGUCCGUACGCGUCACUGUGUGGCUGCCCUCGCCGCGGAGGGCAGGUAGGUCAGUGCUCUCACUAGCUGUCUGCUAGCAGCAGAUGUGUGCCAUGCUGUGGUAUUGUGGGUGGUGCAGAGCAUAUUCUGUCAUCUGUAACUUGGUAAACAAUACGCUAUCUUGAAACUAAAAAGGCAGAAUACAUGUAAGACUAGAGUCGUAAGCCUAUGGCACAUACAAGCGUAGAGUGAUCCUUUAAAACUCGACAUGCUGGUACCUUCAACCUUCCCUUUGGAGAGUAGAUUUUUGUGUAGAUGUUCCUUGGGUUUGAACUCCCUGGGGCUGGUGGGACUGGAGCUGAGUCAGUAGUGCUAAUGUGUUUUGAGUUAUGUCUGGGAAAUUCUGGUGUGAUAAGUUCACUUCUUUUGUGUUCCUGAUACUCAGCUAUGGGAACCUGGUGUGUUAUGCUGAAGUUCUUUGCAGAUUUUGUACCCUUUAGUUUAUGUUUUCAAACGAGGAACACUGUAACUACUUUUUCUAGUUAAUGUUGAUAUUAAACAAUCAAAUAUGCUUUGCAAUACAGAAAGGUUGACCAUGUGCAUCCAAAGUCCCCAAACAAAACGUACUGCCUCAGUUGCUUCAGAACAAGAGUGGUGGCACACGAUUAGUAUGCUGCAUCAUAACUGAAAAUACGGAGGGACGUUUGGACUCUUCUGGGGUAAGACAGGCUAGAUCAGUUCCACAAACUGUUACACUUUUUAUACCUGUGUAAACCUAUAACUGACAGUUUAAAACGUGCUCAAGCGCAGUAGGUAACAAAUAUUUAACUUUCAUGCUAACAGACAUUUUAGGGACUCUAAGUCUUUAGAAGUUAUAUUUGUCACGUUAAAUAUUUAUCAAUAGGGAUUUUGUAUGUGCGUUUAGUAGACUGCCAAGUGCAGAAUUAAAGUUACUUAUGUAACUAUGGCAAAUAAGCCAGUCUUCAUCUUACUGUGUACUCAUUUGGGUCUAUUUAGCCAGGGAGUCUAACCACUAUUGUUGUGACUUUGCUUUGGAACCUGUAUACUGGGAACUGAGGUGUUAUGAAGCCACUGGACACAAACUUGUCUUGGCUGAUGCCUUAUCCUGUCCUUUUAUUUGCUAUUUGAGCCAUUGAAAGAUGAAUAAACUUCCAUUUUUUUUAAA